GCUUUCGCCCUGCCCUCCUCAUUCAAACAUCCUGACACAUCAACAUACCCUUCAUACUUCUACUCGCCACUCAAAACUUGCAACCAAACAAACAAACAACCCCGAUUAUUCGAAUCUAAUCCGAAAAGAAAUACAGACAUGGGCAAGACAAAAACCACCAAACAGUUCGCGCUCGUCAAGCGCAUGAUCAGCCCUAAUGACGCUCGCCUCAAGGCUAACCAGGAAAAGCAGAAGAAGAAGGAGGAGGAAAAGGAAAAGAAGGCUGUCCGACACAUUCCACAGGUAGCAUCGUCCAUGUUCUUCAACUACAACUCUGCACUGGGACCACCAUACAGGAUCUUGGUCGACACCAACUUUAUCAACUUCUCGAUCCAGAAUAAGAUUGAGCUCGUCAAAGGAAUGAUGGACUGCUUGUACGCCAAAUCGAUUCCCUGUAUUACCGAUUGUGUCAUGGCAGAAUUGGAGAAGCUCGGACCAAAGUUCAAGGUCGCGCUCAGGGUUGCACGGGAUCCCAGGUUCGAGCGCUUACCCUGCACCCACAAGGGCACCUAUGCGGAUGACUGUCUCGUCGAACGAGUGAUGCAGCAUAAAUGCUAUAUUGUCGCCACAUGCGAUCGGGAUCUCAAGCGGAGGGUAAGAAAGAUCCCUGGUAUCCCUAUCAUGUAUCUGUCGCAGCGCAAGUAUACAAUCGAGCGCUUGCCAGAAGCAUACGGCGCACCAACAAACUAGUCCUCAGUUUUGCGUAACACAAUAAAGGAAAAAAAUAUAAUAGC